AUCCGAGCCGUCCAGUGUGAGACGCAAGCCUUGUGUUUAUUUCCCCGUGGUUCCGUAAAAAAUCGAUUAAAAUUUUCUAAAUUUAUAGACACACGAAACACAGCCAGCCAACGCUCCUCGUACUCGUUCGAAAGCUUUAUUUAUUAAUAACUGUAAAUAACCCGAAAGGAAAAUUAUAAUAACGCGAGUGUAUCACGGAAUUAGUGUAAAACGAAAACAAGCGACCCAAAUCGAAAGCUGCGAACUAGGAUAUCCGAUAAGAGGCAUACCGUCGCCGCGUCGCUCAAGAGGGUUUCCGUUUUUGGGACGUCGCAUUUAAUUAAUUAAUCAACGAGGUUUUCAGCGAGGUUUCGCACGGAACGGCGGUGCAGAUUUUGCUGUAGUUUGUCACGGCUGGAAACGACAAGAUAUUCACGAAGCUUCGCCUCUGCAAGGACACCGACGAGACAUCAGCAUGCCACUCAAAUCAAUACAGAGGCGUAAUACGCAUCGCGCAUCAUCGAUGCAGAAGCUGGGAAAAGGAGAACCUGUCGAUAAUGACGAGUUCGAGUCAUGGGUCAAGUCGAAGCAGCUUCUCAAGCCAGAUGACCAGUUGGAUCUCACUGAGGCCGAGCUGGGUGAAGAGAUACCCAAGCUCUUGUCAACGGAGAACAGACAUUUGCCGCGGAAUUUAGUGAUUUACAAUUUUCACGAAGCAGCUUUCGUGUCUGUGCCUCCGCCGGAGAACACCGUUACAUUGCUGGAAUUUGAAGGAACAUCUCUGUAUAAGGAUACCCCGGAAGCGAAGGAACAAAUCGCACGGAAAGGAACCGAUGAACUGAAUGUCAUAUUGGAUAAACCGCCGGAACCAAGUCCGGAACAGGAGGAAGCACCACCCAAAACGGAAACGCCAGAUAGCGAAGAAGCCGAACGUGAUGAAGAUGAAGCUGAAGCCGAAGGUGAGGUACAGGAACAAGAGGAAGAGGUACAAGCCGCACCGGAGGAGGAAGUUCCGAAAAAGAAAUUGACUAAUCAAUUUAAUUUCUGUGAGCGUGCCGCCCUGACGAUUGCCAAUCCUUCAAGGGCCGUCGAUACCCAAACGAUCCCUCCGCCGCGGUCCAAUUUUGGCGCUAGCGUCCUACAGUGGGUAAUUUACGAUACCUACGCCGAGGAUUACGCCCAACAGCAGCGGGAGAAAGAGCGCGAGAAGGAAAAGAAACCGACGCUGCACAAGCGUGACGAGAAGUCCCGAAAGGACGACAAAGCGAAGCAAACGGAGGAAUUCAACAAACGUUACCGUCAAUCCUGUCAGAUUAUCGAGCGUAUGGUAAACCAAAACAUUUACGACGAAAUUGCUCAGGACUACCGCUACUGGGAGGACCCUUCGGAUGAGUUCCGCGAGGAGGAAGGCACGCUGCUUCCCCUGUGGAAAUUCUCCUACGAGAAGACCAAGAAGAUGUGCGUCACAGAUCUGUGCUUUAAUACGUUGUACUAUGAUCUGUUUGCCGUGUGCUUCGGAACACUCGAUUUCAUGAAGCAAGGAAACGAAGGGGCUGUGUGUCUGUUCACCAUUAAGAAUCCAUCAUUUCCAGAUUACAGAAUAACGACGGAAAGUGGAGCUAUGUGCUGUGAUAUCCAUCCCAAGUAUCCCUACUUGAUAGCGAUUGGUCUGUAUGACGGGAACGUCAUUGUCUACAACCUACAGGUGGGCACGAAAGAGUCUGUCUAUAUGUCGCACGGCGUCAAUGGGAAGCACUCGGAGAGUGUGUGGGAGCUCAAGUGGGGACCGGAUAUGCAGGACGGAGAGAUUAACUUUUAUUCGGUUUCGGGUGACGGACGGGUGUUCAACUGGGUGUUGAUGCAAAAUAAGCUGGCAAUUACGACGAUUAUAUCGCUGUUUUUGGAUGUUGAAAACGUCGGCGGACCGGAUGGGAGCAGUUUGAAGCUGAAGGGGUGCGGAAUGUGUAUGGUUUUUCACCCCAACAACCCGGAAACUUUUCUAGUGGGGACCGAAGAGGGCUACAUAUUCAAGUGCAGCACGGCGUACAGUUCCAAAUAUCUGAUGACCUACUACGCUCAUUAUCUGUCCGUACAUCGGAUGGACUACAAUAAGUUCAACUCGAACAUAUUCGCAUCCUGCAGCGGCGAUUGGCGUGUCAAGAUAUGGGAGGACAUGAGACCCGAGCCUCUAUUCAUUUUCGACCUGGGUGCUUCCGUCGGCGACGUGAAGUGGGCUCCGUACUCCAGCACGGUUUUCGCAGCUGUUACCACCGAGGGAAAAGUGUUCGUGUUUGAUCUGAACGUGAACAAGUACAAGGCAAUUUGCGUCCAGGCGGUCGUUUCCAAGAGAAAGAACAAAUUGUCCCGGUUGGCGUUCAACCAUAAGCUACCGUUCAUAAUCGUCGGGGAUGACAAAGGCACGACGAUAACGCUGAAGCUUUCACCCAACUUGCGCAUCAAAACGAAGGCACCGAAAAAGACCGUCCCGGUGGAUCCCCACAUGCUGGAGGUGCAAAAAUUGGACCGCCUGCUGUCGCUGGUACGCGAGCUCCCGGAAGGUGAAUUGGUGAAGGAAACGGUGUCUACCGUCGCUUCUAAUUAAUGAGAUUCACUUCUCGAAGGCGCGGAGCAGAAGAAUGUGAAAUUACACUAAUGAAGUAUAUAUGCACACGGUGAUGAGAAUAAUAAAUAAUUUAUUUUUGAGCGGUUUAAAAUGUUUUAGGUAUUUUUUUUGGUUUUGAUACUUGUACAUCGUUAGUGUAGUCGGAAGGAGUUUCAAUUUCAUAACUAGUGUUGUAUUAAUUGCCAGCACAUUGAAGUUUAAAUAGAUUUGGUUUGAAAUGUUAACGUUCAACUUGGAGUUCAUUAUUUGGUUUGUCCUUUGGGAUUUUCUUAGUGUUAAUAAAUAUAGUGUUGUGGUGCGAUUUGAAAUUUCG